AUGGAAAUGGACAUUCAACAUCUUCAACAAGACAAGAACCACAUCCUAGAACAGAGUGCAAAGCAGACCAAGGAACGAGACAGAGAGCUGCGGUUGGUGCGACAGGCGACCAAUAACCUUAAGAUCCUGCAGGACAUGGUGAACUUCCUCGUGAAGACGCAGGCCUCCCUCAAACAGGAAAUGGAGUUGAAAAAAGCCAGUCAGGACACGGGCAACCUAAAAGUGCGCAGCCAGCUCUCUAGAGACAUCGCCCAGCUGACAAUGCGGUUAGGCGCGGAGACGGAACUCUCCGGAGCGGACGAGGCCAAAAUUCAGGAGCUGAUAGCCGAUCAGGAACGACUCUACUCGGAGAUGUUGGAGGAACGAAAACAGGCCAUCAACCUCUGCCGUCUGGUCUGCAUGAAAAACGAGGAGACCAUACAAAAGCAACGCUAUCUAAAGACUGCGAAGGCGCACUUUACUCAGGUUCUGUCUGAUUUGAAGGUGCAGGAUAUGGCACUGGUGGAACCCACGAAGAGAUUACGCCUACUGGAGCGUAAACUUGAGUUGAAGGAGAAGACUCGGCUGUAUGACAAUGAACUGGAACUAAUUAAGUCCUGCCUGGCUCAUAAGGAGUAUCAAGUGCAAAUCCUGAGGACGAAACAUGCCAAGGUUGUGGAACAAUGCACCACUCAACGGAACGAUCUGUCCAAGCUGAAAAACUCGAACUCUGAAAUUACCACUGAAAUCGAUCGUGUUUCUACAACGGUGAAACAUUUAAAGAAGGUUAAGUCACAAACGGAGGCGGACAUCCAACUUUUAGACAAAUCCUACGAGAAGAUGGUGCGCCUUCGCAACGACCGCAGUGCACAGUUGAUUGAGCGAAAUGAGGAAGUCAGCGCGCUGCAGCUUGCGAAAUGGAUACGAGAAAAAUAUACCCUCUGGGAAGUCCGCGAUUAUUGUUGGGCAUGCCUCGAACCUCGGACGCUAAGCAUUCCACUGGACGGUUGUCAUGCCAAGUCCAUACAGCUCGCAUCGACGUUGAUUGAUAGUCACGGCUACGGGGAACGGUUGUCCUGA